AUGUCGUCGCCCUCGACUGCAGCGUAUCGUCCACCACAAGCCAUCGACGUCGCCAGUGGAGACCGCAACCUGGCCGCCAAUGACAACGACAAUGACACCGUCGCAAACGCCCGGCGCGUCCGCCGCAACCUUCUGAGGGCGACGUGGAACGGCAUCGGCCAGCUCACGCGAUGGAGAAAGUUCGUCCUCCUCUCCCGUCUGGGCGUCGCUUUGGUUCAGGUGCUGGCGUUUACGCCCGUCCUCUUCCUCGGCUCCUCGCACGGCGGCUCGUACACGCCCGGAGAGUACUGCAACCCGCAGCCAAUGUUCAUCUACCUCCUGCUGCACGUCCUCCGCCUGGUCGCCACCAUCCCCUGCGACCUCUACCUCGGACUGAGCCCCCACCGCGCCGCGGGCGCGCAGCGCCUCAGCCCCAUCGCUCGCGAACGCCUCGAACGCGAGCGGCCCAUCGGCUCGAUCCUCUGGGACUCGCGGAUCAACAAGCUGUCCAACAUCUUCACGCUGCUCAACAUCGUCUUGUUCGUCGUCGGCAACCUCGUGGUCUUCCAGUCGACCGAGUGCUCCGAGCCGCCGGCCGACAGCGUCGCGCUCUUCUUCACCUGCCUCACGGCGCUCAUCAUUUCGUACCUCAUCCUGCUCGAGAUCACCAUCCUCCUCGUUCUCCUGGUCUGCGCCCUUCCGCUGCUCAUCGUCAUCCUGCGCGCCCUCGGCCUCGGCGACCGGGCCCAGCAGCUCGGCAUCAAACCGGCCACGGCUAAGGUCGAUCAGGAAGAGGUGGACAAGCGCGUCAAGCUCGUCUACUUUGCUCCAGCAAAAGAGGAGCGUGAAGGGGCCGAUGCGACGGACGCGGGCGGCAGCAAGAGGACCUCUUUGGACCAGGUCGAGCGUGCCUUUGCUGGGAAUGCCCAGAUCGGCUCCGGCGAAGACAGUCCGGGUGGCUCCCGCCUGAGUGCUCUGAUGGCAGCCAGCAUCCCUCUGCCUCCCUCUCGGCCCGGUAGCCCGGUCGAAGAGGUCGCCUCACCCUCGACGGACGCUGCUGGCCCAGCUCUGGCCCGCACCACCACGCGUGCCAGCAGCGUCGCGGCCAAGCACCGGCUUCCCGGCGGGCUGGGCAGGCUGCAGCGCCUCUUCUGGUCGAGGCGUGCCGCCACGCGGCCCAUCGCAGGCGGCGGAGGAGGCGACGCCACGCCUCGCAAAGAGGCGCCAGCACCAGCAAAGCGAGUCGAAGACAUCCCAAAGCACAGGCGCCGCAAGCUGGCGCACCCGCUCCUCGAGAUCCCCGCGCAUCGCGCCACGUGCGCCAUCUGCUUGAGCGACUUUGAGGAGCCCAGCCUGGACCUCGCCGACCCGGAGCCGGAACCGCUGCGACACCUCGAUUGUGGCCAUGUCUUGCACAAAUCGUGCGUCGACGAGUGGUUUACCACGGUGUCGGCGAGGUGUCCCAUCUGUCAAAAGUCCAUCGUCACAUCGGCGCCGUCGGGCGAGCCCGUCGAACCCGCGCGAGGUGAUCAGGAUGCCGACCGCGACGUAGAGGCGCAGCAGGGCCGCGACGGCGCCGUCGACAAUAGUGUACCGCAGAUCCCCAUGACUGUCCUUCGGCCCCGGAGCGUCACCUGA